UUUGCUAUACGUAUCCAGCUCGUCUCCAACUCUUUCAGUUUCACGAUUUCGAACCAUUCUCCAUCACCGGGAGACCCUCCCGGCGUGAACCACCACAACCAGCAAUUAACCGCCUUGCUACUCUGCCGUAGGUAGGAGAAUACCAUUGCAACUAUUCACAGAACCCAAUUUUAAGCUCUAGUCGACGAGUUGUUGUCAUUAUCGUCACCCCCAAAACCCUAAUUGUACCCAAUUGUUGAUUCUCGAUUCUCCACCAAAUCCACUUCCAAUUUAGCGGCAAUAACGAUACCCCGAUUGGAAAAAAUUAGAUCUUGCCAUCCAAAAUUGGGUGUUCAAUGGGCACAGUUGAAGCUUGCAGGGACUUAACAAUCUCGUCAUCUACGUCUCGUACGGAGACCAUAAACGGAAACCAUGAGUUCAGAAUCACGGGCUAUUCGCUCAACAAGGGUAUGGGGAUCGGGAAGUACGUCCAGUCCGAGACCUUCGUUGUUGGCGGUUAUGAGUGGGCCAUCUACUUUUACCCUGACGGUAAGAGUCCCGAGGAUAAUGCGUCGUAUGUUUCUCUGUUCAUUGCCCUAGCCAGCGAUGGCACAGACGUGAGGGCGCUCUUUGAGCUCACACUCGUGGACCUGAGUGGAAAGAACAGACACAAGGUGCAUAGUCAUUUUGGAAGGGCGCUUGAGAGCGGGCCUUACUCCCUUAAAUACAGGGGAAGCAUGUGGGGUUUCAAACGCUUUUUCAAAAGAAGUAUGUUAGAUACUUCAGACUACCUUAAAGAUGAUUGCCUCUUGAUACGCUGUCGUGUUGGUGUCGUUAGGUCGCAAACAGAGGGACCUAAGACUUACAGUAUUACAGUUCCACCUUCUGACAUUGGUCAGCAUUUUGGAGAGCUUUUAGAAAGCGGAAAGGGAACAGACGUGAAAUUUGAGGUUAAUGGAGAAUUUUUUGCUGCUCACAAGUUGGUUCUUGCAGCACGUUCCCCUGUGUUUAAGGCACAACUCUUUGGUCCAAUGAAAGAUAACAACACUGGGUGCAUAGAAAUUGAAGACAUGGAAAACCCAGUUUUUAAGGCUCUACUUCAUUUUAUCUACUGGGAUGCCCUACCUGAUAUGGAAGAGCUUGUUGGUCAGAACUCUAAAGGGGCUUGUACACUGAUUGCUCAGCAUCUGCUCGCAGCAGCGGAUCGUUAUGCACUUGAGAGACUCCGAUUGAUCUGUGAGGCUAAACUUUGUGAAGAUGUCGCCAUAAAUACUGUUGCGACAACUUUAGCCUUAGCAGAACAGCAUCAGUGUUUUCAACUGAAAGCCGUUUGCCUUAAAUAUAUUGCAAUGCCUGAAAAUUUGAAAGCUGUGAUGCAAACGGAUGGAUUCAGGCACCUAAAAGACAGCUGCCAGUCAGUCCUAUCUGAACUCCUGCAGUACGUGGCCAGGAUUGGCGAGCAUUCUGCUAUUGUUGGAUCUGGAAAAGAGUCAUUCUUAGAUGGCUGUGAUGUGAAUGGAAGGCGGGUGAAGCAAAGGUUUCGUUGAUUGCAGAAAUAACAGAGAGCACCUUGGGCACCUCAUGAGGACAAAACAAGAAAAUAUAUUUUUAGGGGCUAGACAUUCUUUUUGACUGUACAAAACUGUUUGAUGGUUAAUAAUAACUGCCCAGUUAGACAUUUGUUUGGUGUUCAGAGCAAUGGCUGAUGGUUUGAAGGUUUCGUGGUUUUUGUUUUCAAUCCUAAACAUCUGGAUAUCAUAUAUCUUCUUGGUGCUAAUCAAUCAGAUUGUGACAUAGCUUUCCCUUGG